UAUUGCCUUUCACAUGAAGCUCCAUUAUCCCAAACGCCUUCACCAGCUGAUGCAAAUUGACAAAGACUACGUCUUCCACAAGCGUUUCAUUUCAACUUUAGCCAAAAAUCAAUCCUAGAAUUUCUCUAAACCAUCUUCAUCUCUGUAAAUCUUUUUCUGUUCCACAAGAAAAAGGGAAAUAUUGAUUCCGAUGGAGUAUUUCAAUUGUGUACCCGAAGAGAUUACAUUAGACAUUAUCAGUAGAGUACCAGCUGAAUCGAUUUUUGAGUGCAAAUCGGUAUGCACGGCUUGGAGAAAUCUUAUUUUUCACCAUCCAUCAUUCUCGAAGAUGCACUUUCAACAUCAUCUUAAUCAUCCUGCUGCUGCUGAUUCUGGUACGUUGGGUUUCAUUGCUUUGACUUUGGAUGAGACUUUUCAGUAUUUUGUAUACAAUGAGAAUCAUGAAUCCGUCGAGAGCAUUAGAAGGCUUAAUGUUAACCUUCCGUUUGGUGGGCAUACUAGAAUUCUUGGUUCGUCCAAUAGUUUGAUCUGUCUUUCUCGAAGAUUGAAAGAGGAAAAAACUUACAUUUGUAAUCCCAUCACCAGAGAAUAUGUUAUGCUUCCAGAAAUUGUUAAGAGAUUUGGAACGAGUCGUGGGGCGAAAGGAUUUGGUUACGUUUCUUCAACCAACGAGUACAAAGUUGUAACUGUGAUGUUCGAGUACUGGGGGUUUGUAGAAGCUUACAUAUACACACUAGGCAGUGGAAAUGGAUGGAGAAAUCUUGGAAAGUUUAAGUUUGGAUCCGAAGCACAUCUGUGGGAACAAGGUAUCUUUCUCAAUGGAGCUAUUUAUUGGUGGGACAAACUACUGAAAAUGAUUGUUACCUUCGAUUUGGCCGAGGAGAAAUUCUGUGAACAUCUUUCACCGCCUGCAUCUUUUGAUUCAGGCAAUGAUGAUUUUAGAAAUUAUUGUAGACUAUGGGUUUUGGAUGGGUGUCUGUGUUUUGCUGGUUCUCUAGUUGUCCAUGGAAAUUGUAGACGUAUAUGUUGGAACGCGUGGCUAUUGAGAAAGAAGGAUGAUCAGUCAUUGGGUUGGAGUAAAGUGUUUAGGAUUUACAACCACGAUUUUUUUGCUGUUACCAAGAGUUACAGUGUCUUAACUUACAUCCAUAACAGUAUCACCAUCCACGACCCAGAAACUUCAACCACGAAAUAUAUUCUGGUUUUUGAAGAAUGUUUUGAUGAAGUAUUCCCUCACAAGAACACCUUAGUUUCGUUGAAAAAAUUAGGGAAAGAAGAUACGAAGAUAAUGGAGUCAGUUAAAAUUCCGGAGACAGAAAGCGAUGAUCAGCCCUUCAACUAGUUGGAGGAGGAUGAGACCCAGGAUACCUAGCUACUUACAAAGAGAUUGCAGAUAUCUUCACAAGGCUCUACACAGUCCUCGAUUCUCUAUGUUAACAUCCAAGCUCAAGGUUCUUGCUUCUCCCACCUGUUUCUUAUUGACAGUUCGAUCUGGUGCUGUGGUGAAGGAUAACCCUCGCAGUGGUGUAGGUUAAGUUUCUGCGUAUUUUCCGUUGCUUGUUACUGUCAGCUUUUGUUUUGACUCUCUUUCUCACCGAGUCUAUAUAAACUCAUUUAUGUUAUUCUUGUAAUGUAAUGAGAUUUUUCUCAAGUUUCUCCAUUAAUGAAAUCAUCG